AUGACGCAUUUUGGUGUUGACCAGGUUAUGCGCUGUUAUGGCUCAUACCUGGGACGACAGAGCGAUGAGGAGUCUCACGAGCUGCUUCAGCAGCACGGUGAGAGAGUUGCAGCUGGGACAGAGUCGGCGAGCUGCUUGAAUAAGAAGUUGCCACUGUUUCCCGUGUCGUGUAGGGAGCAGGGAACAGAAGUAGAUGUGGGUCUUUGUGGUGCUGGUAUUAGUUUCAGAGUUUCUAAGGGGCUGUUUACGGGAAACAAAUAUAAAGUCGAGAGUGAUGGGGAUGUUUCGGUGCAUGUAAAUGAUGUGAAAUUCUUAUGUGCAAAAAUACCUGUAACCUUCAACGAUUUUGAAGAUUUUUCAAAAGGAAUAGUUGAUCUUAUGAACUGGCAGACUGAUGUCCUGUUAACAGUUAAGAAGAUUAAUAAGGCUUGGGAAACUAAAAAUGAUGGAAUACACAUAACUCUGAUACAAGAUACACCACCAAAAAUGGACAAGACAAGAA